AUGGCCCACUCCACCGCCGCCGUCAGUCCGGCGUCGCCAUCGCGCCGUCGCGCCGUCACAUCAUCCAUGAAGAUGCAGCAAUCACAAACAUCCAGUCCUGUGGUCCUUCUCCUGAGACCUCUCUGCCCGCCAGCCGCUGAAAGGAAAAUAGCGAUAGUAAGCAAGCGAACAACGCAUCAACUAGCUACACUAAUACUACGAACUGUUCCUGAUCCGAUCAUCUCCAUUAUUGGAUUGCUCGUCUUCCUACGAGUAUUCUUCCCCUCAUUGCUCGACAGACCUUCCGCGCCGCACAACGCACUGAGGGGUCAUCCACUCCAAUAG